UUUACUUCAACUAUAUAAUCCUUCUUUCUUCCUCCGAAACUUCACAAGAAGUCUAUAUUUUUCUUAGUUUCUUCCGCCUGGGUGCUUCUUUAUUUUCACAUUCGAGCAAUUCUAAUUAUGAUCUAUGGCUGAACCAAAGGGUAAACUUUCUACCUGUACAAGUGCUCAACAAGAAAUGGAUCUAAAUCUCUCACCUAGUGGAUCUUAUAAUUGUGAAAAGACUGAUGAAAUUUCAAUGCCUCAACCGUUUUCACAAAUUAGGGCAUCAGCUGCCAACAAUCCUGCCUUUCAGCGGGCUAUAGAGAUUAUAAGAUCCGAUCUGCAUAACAAAUUAGAAGAUACGUCUAAAAUUUGUGAAAAUGAGAAAUCAGCUAUCAAAUUCAAUACGGGAAAAGGCAAGUCAAUUGUAUUUCCAGAAAGUAAUGGCGAAAAACCAUUAAAGAAAGUUAAGAAUUCUAAUGUUGUCACAUCAAUGGAUACGAGUGACCUACUAAGGAUUAUGCCUUCUGUGACAACUUCUGGUGGAAUCAUUAAUGGAAAAGUGACAGAAGGGUUCCUUUUCAACUAUGGCAAAGGAAAGCAAACUUCAAUAGUUUGCAUUUGCCAUGGAAGGUUCUUCUCACCAGCUGAAUUUGUGAAGCAUGGCGGUGGAAAAGAGGUUGAUAAUCCGAUGGAAUUUAUUAACAUAGCUGAUGAUGCAUCAAUAGGCAAUGCUUAAUUUCUUAUAUGUUACAAAUAUUGUCAAAUUGUUUACAUGCAACUUUGAACUUUAGUUUGUUGUUUUUCGUGUCAUAUGGUGGAUAAUUCUUUAGUUUUUCAAACUGAACUUGCAAAUGAGGUUUGACAUUGCAAGGUCUUAUUAUAUAUAUAUAAGCAUCAUUGAUGCACAAGAAUCUUUC